GUGCAUUUAAAGCUGCUUUGCUAUGAGCUAAACCUCUAAUUUCAGACCUACUUUAAUAAAUCACCUAAAUGUUUGGUUUCCAGUCUGAGAUGAAGAAGGACCGCCUGAAUCUGAUGGCAGCUCUGUGUGAGAGCGUGUUGGCAGUCAACAUGUUACUGAGUGUCUUCUUUCUUCCAGGUGACUUGGCUGAUUGUCCCAAUCCAGUCCUCUUUGCUGACACACCUGGGCAGAUUGAAGCACUGAGUGGAUCUUGUUUGCUACUGCCAUGCAGCUUUAAUUCAACGGAUUCCAGAUAUAACAAGACCAGAAGUAUUUAUGGAGUUUGGUUGAGAGGAAAUCAUUUAUAUUAUGCCAACCCAAAUCCUGUCAUUUUUAACAGCAGUGGCUCAGUUAACACCUACUCACUGAAAAUGAUCGGAAACCUGACAGAAGAAAACUGCACCACUCUGUUUCCUGACUUAAAAACAAGUCAUACAGACAAAUACUUCCUCCGAAUUCAGAACUGGCCGUUUAGGGUAACAGCUGUUUGUGAGCCUGUUCAGAUAAAAGUAAGAGAUUCUCCUUGGAGUCCCAGCAUUAACAUCCCUGCUGAUCUGAAGGAGCAUCAGUCUGUCACUAUCAGCUGCUCAGCUUUGACUCCCUGUCCACACUCACCUCCUGAACUCACCUGGAAUCUCCAACAAGACUCUCACAGACAAACAGAGAAAAACACAGAGGGAACCUUUACAACUAAAAUCCAGGAGACCAUCACUCUGUCAGACACACAUGAUGGAUACAACAUCAGCUGUUCUGCCACAUAUCCUGUGAAUGGAGGAAACAAGACAGCAGAGACAGAAGUGACUCUCAGUGUUUCAUAUGCUCCUAGAAACACCUCAGCAUCCAUCAGUCCAUCAGGUUUGGUGUCAGCAGGUAGCUGGGUGGAGCUGAGCUGCUCCAGCAGAGCCAAGCCUCCUGCCAGCUUCACCUGGUUCAGGAACAGCAAACAUGGAGCCAUUAAUGUAUCUGUGGGGCAGGUUUACAGCUUCAAUGCUACAGAGGGAGGAGAGUAUUACUGUGUGGCUACAAAUGAUCUGGGUCAUCAGAGAUCAUCAGUGAUCCUUCUUGGUGGAGCACAAGGAUUUCCCUACUGGGUCUCAAUUGUAAUUGGAGUCAUUUUGUUAACCUCCCUGGUCCUUUCUGUCUGGUGCUUUAAGUCCAGACGUUCGACUCCACAACAGAUCCAGAGUCAAACAUGUGAGGAGGAUGCAGUUCAAAUGGCAGCCAGUGAAACAGAGGAAGAACUUCAUUAUGGGGACAUGACUUUCCUCCAGAGGCGACCUGAAGCUUCCUCCGUCUCAGUGCAGGAUGGAGGACAGCAGGAGUCGGUGUACGCUCAGGUCAAAGUGUCUGCUGACAGUCCAGAGGAUCUCUAUGCACGAGUGAAGAAGACAUAACUUCUGUCACUGUUGUGUGAUUACAUGAGAACAUUUAAUCCUCCGCCUCGCCUAUCUGCCACUCUGUCAUCUGCCACCACCUCAGAAAGUCACCCACUGAGUCCACCUCUCUGCCCCACUCCCCCCGGACAAGUUUCCGAACUCGGCGAACUAACCAGCCCCUACUCACGUCACCGUCUGGCGUUCUACAUCGUGGUUACUCCUCUGAUCCACCUUAGCACUUCUGUGUAUUUAAUAAAUGCCUUAAACUGC